GUCAUAGAGAUCAGAAAAACCAUGAACCACAACAACAAAAAUGGCUCUGGUAGUGACAAGUUUUUUCAUAUGAAAUUUUUCAAUAGUAAUUGUGAAAAUUUAUUUAAAUUUAAUAAUUAUUUUAUUUUUGGAAAUUACUUUUAAUUGUUUUGACUAUUUAAUGCCAUGUACGAUUUUUGAUUAAAAUUGUACAAAUUAACACGUACGCGUAAAGAUGUAUUGUAUAACAAUUACAACGGUCGAAUAAAAUCAUCUGAUACCUUUCAACUUUGCCAAAAAAUAAAAAUGUCUGAGGGAAGAUUUCCAUCUUAUCAUCAUUUACCCCCAGCGGCCCCAGCACCGCAAAGACAUCAUUUGGCAACUGCUGCAACACCUUCUGUUCCUCAUCCACUUACAUUCCACCCUCCUGCAAUUUCUCAUCAGUUAUCUUCGUGGUUUACUAAACAAGAUAUGGCCGCUUACAGAAAUACACCAUAUGCUUCUUUGCACAAUGUUGCUGCAUUACAGAUGCACAAACCCCAACAUACUCCUGUAAUUGAUAGGUGGAUGGAUUCAAGAAAUAAUAUGCCACCACCAUCUAGACCUGGUCCACCAUCUCCUAGUCCAGCGCAUUCUGCGAAUGUAUCACCCAGUUUCUCAUUAUCUCGAACUGUUGAGUUUGAUCUCAAUAAACAUAAAAAAGAAUCUGAGCAAAUGUCUAUUGACUUGUCUUCAAAUAAUAAAAAAUAUGAAAACUUUUCUUAUAAACGAGCAAGAGAUCAAGUAAAUGGUCAAAUAAAUUCAACUAAAAUAGGAACCAUUGAAGAGAAGGCUAUAAGUGUUAUAGCACCAAACCCUCUUAAAGUUAUUAAGUCUGAAGUCAGAUGUGAUGUCCCAGAUAGUAUAAGUAUUCAAAAUGUAAAAAGUUUUAAUACUGAAAGUUAUCAAAACAAACUUAGUAAACAAGAUAAUAAGAUCACUUGGGAUGUAGUUGAUACUCCUAUUAAAAUUGAAGUUGAAGAUACAAAUAAUGUUGAAAAAAUGUUGGAAAAUAUGUUUCAAACAAAUGAGUCUGAAAAACAAUCUGUUAUUAAAAUUGUUAAACCAAUAAAAUCACCAUCGCCAUCAAUGAUGAGGGCAGAAUCUGUAGAAAAAAUACUUAAAUCACCAUCUCCUAUACCUAGAAUAGAACAUGAUAAAUCUGAAGACUCUCUACCAUCAGAAAAUUCUUCAAAAAAAAUUCAUGACACACAUUCUCAAUUCCUUGAAGUAGAAAACAAAUUAGAAGAAUUAUUUGGUGGAGUCAUUACAUCAACUAGUACAUCUGAUCAACAAAUAAUAACUGAAAAUAAAUCAAAACCAAUAAUUUCUACAAAGAGGCCCUAUAAUAAAAAUAAGAAACAAUUAAAAAAAGUUAAAAAAAUUCUACCCAUAGCUGAAAAAUCGAAACCAGUUGUUGAACCACCUAUUAAAAAAUAUAAAGGCCCAUUGAUAAGAGUCAAUGGGGGUAACAUAGAAAAUCCAACAAGUUUUGUUAUAAUUAAUCGAAAUGUUCAAGAUGAUGAGGAUUCAUUAGAUGGUCGAAAUAUUAAUCGAAAGACUUAUUCAUAUAAAUCUGGUGGUUGCAAUGGUGAAGAAAAACCUGAUGUGAACAAUUUAGAAAGUAGUGAUUGGAAAUGUGUAUUCUGUUCGCGAGGACCUGAUGUAAGAAACGUUGUCCAUGAUCCUUCUGGAGAUCUUUUUGGUCCUUAUUAUGUCAGUAUACCAAAGGUUGUAAAAUCAAAUGAUAACCCUAAGCGAAAGAAAUCUAAACAUAAUUUAAAUGAUAAUGAUACUUCAGAAACAUAUAUUGAAGUAUGGACUCAUGAAAAUUGUUUAGUUUGGGCGUCUGGUGUUUAUAUGGUUGGGGAUAAAAUUAUUGGGUUGGAAGAUAGUGUGAGAGUUGCAAAAAAUACUAUCUGUAGUUAUUGUGGUGUUAAUGGUGCUAGUAUUGGAUGUACAGCACGUCAUUGCAAAUCGAGUAUACAUUAUAAUUGUGCUAUACAUGUUGGCUGGCUUUUAGAUAGCCAGAAUCACAUGACUACAUGUAAUGUUCAUAGGAAUUCUCUCCUUGGAAGUAGUUGUCAUUAAUGGAGCUUUUUUGCUUCAUAUAUUAUUAUAUUCAAAAAAAAAAAUAGGCUUUUUAAGUUUUCUUUUUAUUAUUGUGUAUAAUAUUGUAUUAUGGUUAGAACAUCAUCAGCCUUGUUAUGAACUUACAAGAAUUGACCAUUAAGUAUUUUCUUAUUCAUAUAUUGUCGUAUGUUUGUUAAUAUAUUUAUGUAUUUUAAUCUAUUAUAAUUUUAUUAAAUUGUUUAGUUUUAUAAAGUAAAGAAGAUAUGAACUAAUGAAAACAUUGCAGUACACAACAAGAAAGUUAAUUUAACUAAAAUAUUCAAGUAAGCCUAUUAUUUUAGAGCUGAAAAAAAUUGCUCUAUUGUAGUCCAUAUAGUGUGCCACAUUUUGGUACAUAAACUAUACAAGUACAUGAACAAAAUAAAUCUUGUCCAUGAAUAUAUUUUAAUCAAGUUUUGUAUGAAUUGUAUUAUUUUAUUUAUUUAUUUUUUACAUUAUUCUUAAUUGUUUUGAUUUUAUAUAAUUGUAUACGUUAGAAAAAAUACAUAUUGGUAUUUAUUAAUAUUUUAAAGAUAAUAUUUAUUAUCUAUUAUUAUAAUUGCAAUUAUUAAGUUAGUAUUUGAAUUUCUUAAGAUAUUAUGUUCUUAAUAAAUAUCUAUUGGACUGUGAUGACUGAUGAGUAACAAAAUUGGUUUAAAAUGUAAUAAUGAUUUUCAAAUUACAAUUUAAAAAAUGUCAACUUGAAAUAGCACAUUUUUAUUUUAGCAUUAAUAAAUAAUACUUAAAUAAUUUCAUUGCAUAAUAAGCAAGAUGAUUAGUUUUUAUUAAAAAAAAAAUAUUUAUGUUUUAAAAUGUUACUAUAAAAUUAUAUCAUUAAUAGUUUUGUUAGCGUCCUAAUUUUAAAUACCUACAUUAAUUACCUACAGAAUAUCAUAAAAAGUACCUAUACAUUAUUCUACAUUCAAUUAAUAUUACUCCUGAUAUUUUAGUUUUAAUUUUUAUCUUGUUUAAAUUAAGUAAUUAUAAGGUUAUGUUAACUCAGUUUAAUAUAUUUUUAAUAUUAAGGUUAUGUUAUAAAACUAUUUUAGAGUUGAUUACAUGGGUCUGACACUGAGAAAUUGGUAGUGGGGUUUUAAUAGUAGUUUAUGAAAUACCUAGCACUUCUUGGUUGUCAAAUGUAUGUAAUUUAUUCUAUUUAACCUUAGAUCAUAUAUCUAAGUAUGUAUAGGUAUGUGGUUUAAGAAAAAAUGUGUUUAACAAUGCUGUUCUAUGUAUGACACAAUAUAAAUCAUAAUAUACACAAUAUAUUAUAUGUACUGGUUUAAAGGUAUUAGAUAUCGAAA